AAAAAAAAAGAAAAAAAAAAACCAUUUUUCUGUCUCUCUUCCAUGCAGUUUCAUUCUCAGUCAAUACGCUGUUUUCCCGGUAAUCCUCUACGAAAUCUCGGCUUGGGAAUUUUCCGAGAAUCCCACAUUUUCCUGUCGAGAAGUUCGGGAAUUUCGGAGAUGGCGCCUCCAAUUCUUUCGUUAGCUCUGCCUUCGGAGACCGGCCGAGUUCUCAGUAUUCAGUCGCAUACAGUUCAGGGAUAUGUUGGGAAUAAAUCUGCCGUGUUCCCUCUCCAACUACUAGGCUAUGAUGUUGAUCCAAUCAAUUCAGUGCAAUUCUCGAACCACACAGGAUACCCGACUUUUAAGGGUCAAGUUUUGAAUGGAGAACAACUAUGGGAACUAAUAGAAGGCCUCGAAAAGAAUGAUUUAUUAUACUACACUCAUUUAUUGACAGGUUAUAUUGGUUCAGUUUCAUUUUUAAACACUGUAUUGGAAGUUGUUAGAAAGCUUCGCUCUGUGAACCCAAAACUCACAUACGUCUGUGAUCCAGUGAUGGGUGACGAAGGAAAGCUCUAUGUUCCUUUAGACCUGGUAUCUGUAUAUCGUGAGAAGGUUGUUCCAGUGGCUUCAAUGUUGACUCCUAACCAGUUUGAAGCAGAAUUAUUGACUGGGAACAGGAUAGACUCUGAAAGCAAGGGCCGGGAGGCUUGUAACAUUCUUCAUGCUGCUGGACCUUCAAAGGUUGUAAUUACAAGCAUUAAUAUAGAUGGAAGUCUUCUCCUCAUCGGCAGUCAUGACAAGGAAAAGGGCAAGCCAUCUGAGCAGUUCAAGAUUAUGAUUCCAAGAAUUCCAGCAUAUUUCACGGGAACGGGAGAUCUUAUGACUGCCCUCCUACUUGGUUGGACCAAUAAAUAUCCUGACAACCUUGAGAAGGCAGCAGAGCUUGCGGUCUCGAGCUUACAGGCACUUCUGCAGAGGACAUUGAGUGACUACAAAAGAGCCGGCCAUGAUCCUCAGUCAAGCAGUUUGGAGAUUCGGUUGAUUCAGAGCCAGGAAGACAUUCGUAAUCCACAAGUUAAUUUCAAAGCUGAAAGAUACAACUGAGUUCAUGCAACGAGCAUUUUUGAGCAUUUAAAAUUGACCAUGUUUUCAUUUAAUGCUUUCGCCUAUAGUAUUUAUCUCAAGGAGGGCUUUCUUUCUCACCAAAGCAAAUAAAUUGUUUCAUUAUAUUUAUUGCCAGGAGUGCUCUGCUCUAACCAAAAGAAAUAAGCUGUUUCACUAUAUUUUUGUUCUUUUAGAAUCGUUGCAUCACAGAAUUGUAUAAAAACAAACUUUGAAACAGACUUGCUGCGCAGGAAAGACGAAAAGGUAACCAAGCAAAAAUGCUUCUGAAAGUCAAUGUUUUUAGCUGUAACAUUUUGAUUUGUUUUAUUGACUUUUGACGUA